UCUCACCAGUUUAAGAUCAGAGAAGGCAAAAUCAGUUUCAGGCUUCAAUCCCCCAUGAUGAGGUUCAUCCAUGUUUCUAUGGCUGUGUUCAGCCUUCUGUCUGUCGUACAGACAGCUUCUGUGAACAACUGCAAGAUUCUGACCCAACCUGUUGAAAUCCAAGGAAGAGACCAGAUGUUGGGAAAGUGGAUGCUCUUAGCGGAAGCAACAAACAACCCUGGAGCCGAGUUGAUUACAAAGCUAUUAGUAGAGAGCUCCUGGACGAAAUUCGCUGCUGCUAAUGAGAGUGAUGCCAUUGAUGUUUUUGAGGCUGAAAAAAUGCUUGGUCACUGCUUCACGCUCAAAACCAAGAUAACUUUGGAAAACAGAACUCUCUCUAUCGGGCCACCUAUGAAUUCUUCUGCAAGGCUGCUGACCACUGGCUGCCCUGACUGCCUUAUUUACUAUGUGCAAUAUCUCAUGGAGGGGAGCACAUAUGGUGGUCUCCAGCUCAUGAGCAAAAGAAACAAUGUGACUACUGCUGAACUGGAAGAGUUUAAGAAACAGGUGGAAUGUCUGAACUUACCGCCACCAAUGAUCCUGAGCCAAGAAAAAGGUCUCUGCCCUGAGGAGUCUCCACUGAGCACUGAUCUAACCAUGGACAUCAACAACAUGACCCCUGAAAUUCUCGAAAAGAUCGAAAAAAUGAUCAGUAGUGCAGGUAGCAUGGAUAUGCUCUUUAGAUUUAUAUCCAGCUUAGGUAACUUGGCAGACUAUUAACAUUGUCAAAAUUGCAUGACAUGAUAACAGCAAAAACAUUUACCAAUGCACACAUACUGUAUCUACUAUUGGCAAGGUAAGCAACAAGGCUGUGCAGGUUAUUAAUCAUUUUGAGAUAAAAUUAUAUCUGAAUUUUGUAAGAGGUCAUUUUGUCAUCACUUUU